UAGUGCACACCAGGAGCUGAGGGAGGGUAAGCGUCCCUCUGCUGCUGGAGUUUUUGAGAGAACUCUUGUAGUACAGUACGAGACAGUGAACCGCUGACCUUGCACGUGAAGGAUAUAGUAUGACCUAACGUUGAGUGCUUUUUGUGGUUGUGAGUUAAUUCAGUGACUUGAAUGCUAACAAUGACAACGCUUGGUAGGCUGUGGAGGCAAUAUGUGCCAGCCAGAGUGAGUGAGUUGCUGGCGGUAGUAAGUUUGACGUCUACUUGUAUGUUGUUCCUGCACACCAGCCACUUACAGGCCCAGCUGGCGAUAUACACCAACCAUUUGGACCAGGCCACAGCACCACACAACCAACAGCACUAUUCGGAUUUGGACACGGGAGAGCAACGAGGUAAUAGUGGUGGAGGUGCUGGAGGCAACAAUGACCUCUAUUCACGAAGAAAACUUAAAUUCGGUGGCUACAAUCUGGAGGAAUUUCGAAAUAUUGACCCCAUGACCCUGAACAACACUGUUAAUCACCAAAAGAUGACGUUAGUGUUCAAUCGUGUUCCGAAAGUUGGGAGCCAGAGCACAAUGGAGCUACUACGGACCCUAAGCUACAGAAAUGGCUUCACUUUUCACAAGGAUCGCCCACAUAAGGUUGAAAAUAUUAAACUCACAGAAAGAGAACAGAAGCGGCUGGUGCAGUUGGUGGACGUGUUCAGACCCCCGUCCGUAUAUGUGAAACAUGUUUGUUACAUCGACUUUACCAUAUUUAACCUGACACAGCCUCUGUAUGUAAACAUGGUGCGUGACCCCGUAGAACGUGCCAUCUCCUGGUACUAUUAUGUUAGAGCUCCCUGGUAUUUUGUGGAGCGCAAGCAAGCAUUUCCAGAGCUGCCUCUUCCCUCUACUGCCUGGCUUCGAAAGGAUUAUGAGACAUGUGUCCUGACCAACGAUAAAGAAUGCCAGUACAUAGAAGGGGAUGAACGGCCAGAUUUUGCCCAGCUUACCGAGUUCUUCUGUGGUCAGGAGAAGAAAUGCACAGGCUUCAACACAGAAUAUGCACUGCAAAAGGCAAAGGAGAAUGUGGAGAAACACUAUGCUGUAGUGGGUGUGCUCGAGGACCUAAACAUAACACUCACUGUUCUUGAGCAUUAUAUUCCCAAGUUUUUUAGAGGAGCAAAGCAUCUGUACUGGAAUGAGGUGCAGAAAUUCAACAAAAUCAACCGGAACAUCUAUAAGCCUCCCGUAUUAGAGAAGAUCAAGGAUAUAGUAAGGAAAAAUUUUACUAGAGAAAUAGAGUUUUACGAAUUUUGUAGAAGACGACUUUAUAUGCAGUAUGCUGCCCUUAAGCUUCCUGAAACACUGGAAUAGCACAACAUUUUACAGCACCUUCGUUAUAUAUAGUGAUAUAGAUAUUUUAUAAAACAAUUAGUACAUAUGCCAUAUGUUAUUCCUGUGUUAAAGACAGGAAAUCCUUGGAUUAUCAGUAUCCUCAUAGCCAAAAGCAAGACUGUGUAGAAAUAUGCUGUGCAUGCAUUGCAAAAUUUAGUACUAAUUACUGUGUCUACAUUUACUCCGACAUUUGAUUUUUUAAAUCAAAUGAAAUACAUUUUAUAAUUAGCACACCUUAUUGUAAAUUAACUUAUCAUUAUAGUAGAUGGUUCACCUUUACUAACCAUAAAUAUAUCUAACCUAUCCUGGGUUAGAUGGAGUAAGCUUAUUUUGCCACAUCAGGUCAAGUAGUUUUAAAUAUUUCUUGUACUACUUGGCACUUUUUUUAAACUUUUAAAAGUUGACCUCGAAUCAUAUUUUAUCCAGUCUGUUAGAUAACUGAAUUUAACUUGCACAGUGUUAUGGUCUGGUAGGAUUCUAUUUUAAAAAUGAUGCUUAUUACAACCCAGGGACAAUAAGGCCUGUUAUCCUGGGUGUAAAUGGGAGCAAGGAGCAGAACAAACACAGAACAUAAGAAAGAAGGAACACUGCAACAGGCCUACUGACCCAUGCGGAGCAGGUCCAUGUCCCCCCCCCCCUGGAUUAGCCCAGUGACCCACCCAGUCUGGUCACCUCCACUCAAGGAUGGAGCAUUGCACCAAACCCAGCAGCACAAGCUAGUCAGGUCCAACUCACACCCACUCGUGUAUUUAUCUAACCUAUUUUUAAAGCUACACAACGUUUUAGCCUCGAUAACUGUACUCGGGAGUUUGUUCCACUCAUCAACGACUCUAUUACCAAACCAGUGCUUUCCUAUAUCCUUCCUGAAUCUGAAUUUUUCCAACUUGAAACCAUUGAUGCGAGUCCUGUCUUGGUUGGAAAUUUUCAGCACGCUAUUUACAUCCCCUUUAUUUAUUCCCGUUUUCCAUUUAUACACCUCGAUCAUAUCCCCCCUAAUUCUACACCUUUCGAGAGAGUGCAGAUUCAGGGCCCUCAGUCUAUCCUCGUAGGGAUAGACUGACAUAGGGAUAGCUGAAUGACUUUGAAAUAUAUUUUUCUUCACCAAGAGCAAUGUGGAUAUUUACAGAUAUGUACACUGUAUACAGUUGGAAAAUGUAUGUGUACAACACGGUUUAGGCAAGGCCAAGACACAGCCUGGAGACAGAAUGAACAACCGUGCUCAACCAGCUCUAGUAUGGAAAUGACAAGGGUAGACAGGCGGGUGGUGCCCACAACACCUCUACGAUUGCCAGUCCCAUCUUCUUGAAGUUUGAUACUUAUAAGAGUACGAAGCUGCGCAACUGUGAGAGUGCGUUCAUAAUCAAUGCCAAUGGAACGAGCAAUUUGCCAGCAACACUGUAGAGAAAUUUAGACAAGUUUAAUAAAGUGUAUUCAGACACUAGACGUCUGACUCAUCUUGCUGGCAUACCCCAACGUAACACGCUAUUUGCAAUACACGCUUAGCUGUGCACAGUACUACUGCAGAAUACAGUUGCCCCUCAGCCAACGGCGGCAUCAACUGAUGCCAAAAUUGACUAAUGGCCCUCUUUGGCGUCAAAAAAUUGGUUCUACCAACGUCUAAAGGCUUUCAUCCCGAACGCAUCCAUGUGGCCUGAGCGGGCCUAGCCACUCCAAGACUCCAUGUACAGCCAGUGUGCCAGUAUUUACAAGCUGUUUCAGUCGAUCCCACGUGUACCAGUGCUUUUAGUGCUUGUAACCACUUAAUAAGCCACCAUGGGCCCCAAGAAAGCUUCUAGUACCAAGCCUGUGGUAAAAAGGGUGAGAAUUACAAUGGAAAUGAAGAAAGAGAUCAUUGAAAAAUAUGAAAGUGGAGUGCGUAUGUCUGAGUUGGAAAGGCUAUAUAACAAACCCCAUUCAAUCAUCACUACUACCUUGGCGAACAGAAAGGCAAUCAAGGAAGCUGUUGUUGCAAAUUUUAUCCUGUCACAGCUUUUGCAAGCCGUAUUGGCAACACGUACAAUGAUACUCUUGUGUCCCAUUUUCGGGAAAUCCUAAUGGCACGUGAGAAACAGCUUUCUGGACAGAUAUUUUGUCCGACGGGUCCAGUGAUUCUCAAGCUGGUCCUAGUGGCAUUAAAAAACUGAGAAGGGAGGUAACCCACCAAAGGACUUGGUACCUGAAGUCUUUAUGAAAGGGGAUCCCCUUCCAAACAAUAGAACACUUGAAUCUCCCCUGCUGCUGGCACAUCACUCAUCAACAACUCCACAGUAAAGGUAAGUGACAUUUAAUUAUUGUUUAUUUUGCAUGUACCAUUCGUUUCUGAGUAGGGAAAUGUAUAUUUUGUGUAAAAAUUUUUUUUUUUGUUUAACCCUUUGAGGGUUUCAGACGUACUAGUAUGGCUUACGACCCAGGGUUUUUGACGUACUAGUACGCCUAAAUUCUAGCGCCCUCAAAUCUAGUGGGAGAAAGCUGGUAGGCCUUCAUAUGAAAGAAUGGGUCUAUGUGGUCAGUGCAUAAUGAGAAAAAAAAAAACUUUGACCAUUUUUUUGGAAUAAAACAGCGACUUUGCACUGUAUUUUCGUAUGGUAUUUAUUGUUGUAUUCUAGUUUUCUUGGUCUCAUUUUAUAGAAUGGAAGACAUAUUACAGAAAUUGAGAUGAUUUUGACUGGUUUUACAAUGAAAGGUAUCUUGAAAUUGAGCUCAAAGUAGCAGAAAUGUUCGAUUUUUACCAAAUUUCAAAAGUAAACAAAUCGUGCCAAGCGUGCAAUACACGUCAACUGGUGAGUCUAAUAUUCUUUCACAAGUGCACCAAUAAUAUUUAUACCAUUUUUUACACUAAUGCAGUAGUCUGCAUAACAGUAAAUCUUAUAUUUUUUGUGAGAAUAAAAAUUCAAAGUGGAAAGCAAAAGACUAAUGACUAGAGGAAAUGUCAUUUUAGUGCCAGGAAUGUCUUUCUUGUUUAUUAUGGACCCUAUUCGGAAAUUGGCAAAAUUGCUAAAUUCUGACCACUGUACUGGAUAGUUGAAUUUCAUAAAUUGGUGGUUUCUUGCACCCAUUCGAUAGAAAAAAUGGAGUUCUAGCAAAAUAUUCAUGUUUUUUGUCCACUAGUACAGUGGGAUUGGCUGAAAAUGGGGCUCAAAGUGGGCAAAAUCGCCAAUGCAUAAACAUCACCGAGACCGCUAACUUUGCGAGAGCAUAAUUCCGUAAGUUUUCCAUCAAAUUUCAAACUUUUGGUGUCCUUAUGAUCGGGAAAAGAUUCUCUAUCUUUUCAUAAGAGAAAAUAAUAUUUUUUUUUUAAAUUUAGCCGACCUUGAGAACGAGUUUCGGAUUAUUAUUAUAAUAAAAAAGAAGCGCUAAGCCACAAGGGCUAUACAGUGCUGCAGGGUAGGGAAGGAAGCGAGGGUAUUGGAUGGCAGAAGGGAGGAGGGAUGAUCAGGUUACAGAAAACAGUGAGGCAGGGGAUAGUACGGGGGUAGAGGGUAGCAAGAGAUUGAAGUAGAAAGGGCUGAAGGUAUCAGAAUUUGUGAAGUAAGUCAGUUGUUGUCAAAAAGUCAAUGAGAGAGUCCGGAUGAAAGGUGGGUCCAUCAGCGAGAAGGGAAGGUAAAGAGACAGUAGCGGAGCGAAGACAACGACAGAGGUAAAUUCUGCGUGCUCGUUGAUAAAGUGGGCAGUCCAACAGAAUGUGGCUGACUGAUAAUGGAGCUUGGCAAUUCUCACAGAGAGGAGCAGGACGCCUCUCCAUGAGAUAUCCAUGAGUAAGACGAGUAUGGCCAAUGCGAAGAUGGGAGAGAGUAGUCUCCCAACCUCGACACUGGUUAACGAGUUUCGGAGAUGGCCUGUCGACCCUCAAAGGGUUAAUACUCUUAGGUGUCUGGAACGGAUAAUUCUAUUUCCAUUACUUCUUAUAGGGAAAAUUAAUUUGACUAAAGGCUAGCUCUUUGGAACUGAUUAAAGCCAUUGGGCGAGGGUCCAGUGUACUUGUACCACAACAUAACACGCUAUUGCAAUACACGCUCUGUGCAGAGUAUGACUGCAGAAUACGCAUAUACAAUAGCAAGGCUGAUACACAAUAGCAAAGCCGACUGCAAAAUAUUCACACAACAACAAGAUUGGCCAUAGCAAAGUGAGCACAAUGAACAAGCUAAUAGCAAGCUGUCAACGAUCAUACAAUAGCUGGCUGACUAUAAAACGCAAGGCUGACACGCAAAGUUCCAUAAAGCGUUGGCAAAGCUGACGCAAUGCCAGAUAGCAAGCUACACAAUGUUCUGCUUCUUGCUCCCCUUUACACCCAGGAUAACAGGCCUUGUCCCUGGGUUGUAAUAAUGCUCAACUUUAACUUGUGUAUAUUCAACUAUAUACCAAGGUUUAUACCAUAUUCAACUAUAUCCCAACAGUGUGUGUAAAUCAAUCUCUGACAUUCUGCUAUAAAAUUGUUUUUUAUCCUUUAUAUAUCUUUUGGCUUAAAAUAUUAGUCUUUUAACCUCAACCUAUGCUUAGGUAAAUAUGGUGAAUAUGGAUAUAAAUUUAUUCACUCAAAAUUUGUUGGGGAAAAGAUACGCAGUAUUAAAAAUGUUAUUUUUAAAUGUGUAUUUUGUGGCACAGUGCUAUCUUUAUGCAAUUUUGAAGUAACCUUGUACAGUACUAGUUAUUAGACACAGUAUGUAUAGAGUACUGUGUAUUAUUUCCACAAAAAAAAUAUACUAACCCUUACAAACAGUGCUCUAUGAAUUGUUUAAUUCUUGUAGUCGGGGAGAAGCACUAAACCUGUGAGGGUUUUAUAAUAUAUACAUGUAUAUGUAUUAUUGUAAACACGAGCGAGUGGUAUUUAAUCAAUAACACUGCGACUAGCCGGGGGAUGGAACCCAUGUUUUUAGCCCACCUCGUGGUGAGCAAAAAUUCACGACGCUUUAACCCACUGGACGAUCCAGUCCUACAAAGAUCACGCACCCAGCAGAGCUAGGUGUUGUACCGUGAUCCAAGGUCAUACAAUGGUGUGGGUGCCUCCGAGCUAAUUUCAUUUUACUCCUCAUUGGGUGUACUUGCCUCUACAAGCAGUAUAUACAUGUAUAGUAUGUAUUGUAACCACGAACAAGUGUGGAGUAGAAUGAAAUUAGCUCUGAAGCACCCACGCCAUCGUAUGUCCUCGGAUCAUGGUACAGUACAACACCUAGCUCUGCUGGGCGCAUGAUCGUUUUAGGAUUGGAUGGUCCAGUGGGUUAGUGUCAUGAAUUUUUGCUCACCACGAUGUGGGCUAAAACAUGGGUUCCAUCCCCCAGCUAGUCGCAGUGUUGCUACUGAUAUAUAUAUACGUAUAUGUAUAUAUAUUAGUGCUUGGGGAAUGGGAGACAUUCAGGUUCAAGCCAUGGAAAAGAAUAUUUCCAGUUCUUUGGAUCAAGAUCCCCUUAAUGGGACUGUACUGUAUAAUGUAAUUCUCAGUGGUCCUUACCUAAUACAAAUUGGAUACAAUGUAAUAUUGUACAAUCUUUAUUGAUAUCUGUCAAUUUCACUGUUGUUGUCUUGCAUUACUAUGUUUAUAUAAGCAUUUUUAUGAAACAGUUGAAACUGGUAACUUUUUUAAUUCUUCAGUUUUAUGAACUGAAUUUAUUGAAUUUCUCAGUGUUAUAAAUUAUGGAUAUACAGUGGACCCCCACCUUACGUUAAAUCCACCAUACGAUACAUUUUAAUGCAAAAAUUUUGCCUCGCCUCGCACGAUUCAUCCGAGAUGCAUCUCACGUGUGGCCUCAGCUGCCAGCCAGUGAGGUUGCAUCCAUGCAUACAAUCGGAACAUUUCAUAUUAUUACAGCAUUUUUAGUGAUUGUACCUGCAAAAUAAGUCACCAUGGGCCCCAAGAAAGCUUCUAGUGCCAACCAUGCGGUAAAAAAGGUGAAAAUUAGUAUGGAAAUGAAGAAAGAGAUAAUUGUUAAGUAUGGAAGUGGAGUGCGCGUCUCGGAGCUGGCCAGGUUGUAUACCAAACCCCAAUCAACCAUCGCUACUAUUGUGGCCAAGAAAAUGGCAAUCAAGGAAGCUGUUCUUGCAAAAGGUGCAGGUUUGUUUUCGAAACAGAGAUCGCAAGUACUCGAAGAUGUUGAGAGACUGUUAUUGGUGUGGAUAAACGAAAAACAGAUAGCAGGAGAUACCAUCUUUCAAGCGAUCAUAUGUAAAAAGCGUGGGAAAUACGUACUAUCGUACCACGAUCAGCUGCUGCUGCACCACGGUCAGCUGUUGCUGCACCAGUCAGCUGUUGCUGAACCACAGUCAGCUGCUGUUGCACCACGGUCAGCUGUUGCUGCACCAUGGUCAGCUGGUCCUAGUGGCAUUAAAAGAAGGGAAGUAACCCCGGAAAAGGACGUGCUACCUAAAGUCUUAAUGGAAGGGGAUUCCCCUUCUAAACAUUAACAACUUCCACACACUCCCCUCCUCCUAUCCCAUCAAUCACCACCAGAUCUUCAAUAAAGGAAAGUGUCAGUUUGUGUGUAUUAAAAUUAAUAUUUCAUGUGGUAAAUUUUUUUUUUCAUACUUUGUAGUGUCUUGCACGGAUUAAUUUGAUUUCCAUUAUUUCGUAUGGGGAAAAUUAAUUCACCUUACGAUAAUUUCAGCAUAUGAUGAGCUCUCAGGAACGGAUUAAUAUCGUAAGGUGGGGGUCCACUGUUUUGUUACUUAGAAUAUUAUCACAAGGAAAUGCUAUUGUUAUAUAGAAUAUAUAGUUAUUGUAUACAUGGUGAGGGUCUGUGAUACUAUCCCCCUUCUCACCUUUUCUUGAAAGUCUUGUAGAAUUAAUCAUUAAAAUAAUAAUUUUAAUAAUCAUCAUUUGAAUGCAUUGUUUAGUUAUUGCAUUAUCUUUUGUAUGCAUUAUUAAAUAAUUUUGCAGUUUCCUUGUAUAUUAAUCUGUAUUAGCUGUUUUCCUAGUCUGUUGGUAACUGUAUUGUUAUUAUUCAAUCAAUGUAUUUUUAUCAGUGGUCAUUAUUCUCAUUUUUCAUUAUCAUUUCUCUAAUUUCCCCAGUAUUAUAAUUCACAUUUAUUAUCUGGACAAUUUGUUCAUUAUUUUCAUAAAUACAUUUGCCACACAAGUACAUUAUGCCCAUUCAUUAGUUCACAAACAGAAUUUUCUAUAAAAUGUUUUUUAACUUUUUAACCCCUAAGUACUGUAUAGGUGUAUGCUUAAACUGUACAGUGAACCCUCUAAUUAAUGGACUUAAGAGGGACUGGGUGUACGA